AUGAGUCCUCAUUCCUCCACCCAAACUCAAACUCAAAGCAAACUCUGCCAGCUUCCUUCAAAAGUCCUGUUUGGUGUCGUUGGAUCCACUAGCGACUACUCGGAUAAGAUGAAUCUCUCCAGGACUUGCAGGAAACUAUAUGAUAUGCUUAUCUUGCAUAUCUACUCUGAUGCCGGUGAACGGCUUAAGUGGCGAUAUAUGUUCGAAGCAGCCGAGGAUGGCAACUGCCGUACUCUUGCCAGAUGUCUCGAGGCUGGUGCGCCUGUCGAUUAUAGGGAGCCGGAAGACUGCGUUCGGCCUCUGCAGAUGGCCAUCGCAUUCUGCCGACCCCUCACGGUUAAGUGGCUUCUCGCACAUGGAGCAAACCCAAAUUCCAUGAGGGAUGACAAUCAAUCCAUAUAUGCAACCUGCCCUCUUGGGGCAGCCGUCGAUUUGGCCAUCAGGCCCAGGAUUGGCUGGGAUAUACCUCUUCGAUGGAAAUUCAAAGGCUCCAAGACUCCAGGCUCCAAACGUCUUGCCCAGAAUGCUCGGGAGAUGAUCAAGAUCCUUCGCCAAGCGGGUGCCCAGGAACAAUCCCUUGGUGAUCUUGAGAGAGUCCAUCUUGACUCUAUUGAAGCCGGCGCUUUCUGUUGUCCUCAACACAAAAGCCGCCUUUAG